CAACUUGCGUAUUUUGUGGCAGCAAAGGCAACAACAAUGAUUAUCGCAUAUUUAAGCAAAUUCAAUGUCAUAUAAGUGUUUGUUGGCAGGAUAAAAAAACUUCGAAAAUGCUAAAAAUAAUACGAUUUACGCUUCUAUAAGAACCUAAAUUGAAUUAAAGAAUAUUUCAAAUAAUUUGGAAAGAUUUUAAGUAUAGUUGGAAAGUCUACGUUAACUGCCGAAAGGUUGAAAGGUGAAAACACGCUUACUUUUUCCUUUUACUUAACUUCUACAAGGAUCCACCGUUCAUUAUUGGAAUUUUACUAAAAUUAAUUAUUAAUUUGCAGCGCAAAAAUAAAAAUCAACAUUUAGAGCAGGAAGUUUUACAAAGUAUUAGGGCAUCAAAAAUGUUGUAUUUGUAAAUGUGCUGGUAUACGGUAAAGGAAAUAAAACAGCUGACAGAUGCAAUUGGACUGAAAGCCCACACACCUGUAUUUCGCAAAAGUGGCUAGUUGUAGUCGCGUUUAUAUAUGUUAAUUCGACAGCUGUGAAUCUAUACUAUAAGUAUUUGUUAAGUAUUGAAUGUUUUGUAUUAUUCAAAGUUUAUAGUUUGUUUGUGGUGUCCUGCUGUAAACAGUUCCUUUUGAUCGGUAGCAAACUACUUUGAAAGAAACUAAGUGCCAAUAUGUCUAGCACCUCCUCGACAGAUGACAGUGGGGAUCUGUAUGACCCCCUCGCAGAGGAAUUACAAAAUGUACAAUCUGUCAUACAUGUCACGCGUGAAAAUAUUGAUGCGCUUAAUGCAAAAUUUGCAAAUCUACAAGAACCGCCACCAAUGUAUAUUACGGAGUACCAAGAGCUUACUUCGAAAUUGCAUGAUCUCUUCGUAAAAGAGCACGAACUUAUGGAGCAGCUAAGUUGUCAGCAAGAGGAAGCAAGCCAAGUGGAUCAACAAAAGAAUCAACUUGAAUAUAAUAAUCAAACACAUAAUUACCAAAAUCAGCAUCAGUUGACGUCCCAACAUGGGCAGAUAACAUCAAUAGACACGACCGACUGUUAUGCUUCGAACAGUAAUAAUGGCAGCCAAUGCAGCACAUUGACGCGACCACCAAAAAUUCUACUACGUGCACAUCUACCUAAUCAACAGCGCACAUCUGUGGAAGUUGUACCUGGUGUUCGAUUGCGUGAAGCGCUAAUGAAAGCGCUUAAAUUGCGGCAAUUGAAACCAGAUAUGUGUGAGGUGACUGCUACUGAAUGUGGUCGCAGUAUCAUACCAUGGGAUACUGACAUCGGUACACUAAUGGUUGAAGAAAUAUACGUACGCUUAUUAGACAAAUUUCCUAUUAUGACACAUAUUUCACAUCAGUUUAUAAGAAAAACCUUCUUUUCCUUGGCAUUUUGCGAGGGUUGUCGACGGCUGCUAUUCAGUGGCUUUUAUUGUAGUCAAUGUAAUUUUCGGUUUCAUCAGCGAUGCUCUGAUAAAGUACCUACACUAUGUCAACAAUUUCCUAUGGAUAACUAUUAUCAGCGGCUUUUGGCACAAAAUCCCGAAAGUUUUGUUGGUAUACUACAUCCGGGAAGGCAUGCAGUAUUAAAUCAAGGAAGACAUCCACGCACUAUAAGUCAACAAGAUCGUUCGAAUUCCGCACCUAAUGUUUGCCAAAAUCGGCCAUUGACAGAGGCACAACGAUGUUUAGUGCAAAAUCAUGUUCCUAUACAGUUACAGCAUCCAGUUAACGAUCAUCCGAAUUCCACCCAAGCAUCACCAACCGGUACUUUGAAGACUAUCAAACGACAAAGAGCACGCUCGGCGGAUGAGAGCAACAAGAAUCUACUAUCGCCACGUGAGGGCAAGGGUACGGAAGAAAAUUGGAAUAUACAAGCGGAAGAAAUAUUAAUUGGUCCAAGAAUUGGUUCUGGUUCUUUUGGAACCGUAUACAAAGCACACUGGCAUGGUCCUGUUGCGGUGAAAACAUUAAAUGUCAAAACUCCCAGUCCUGUGCAAUUGCAGGCUUUUAAAAAUGAAGUGGCCAUGCUCAAAAAGACUAGACAUUGUAAUAUACUCUUAUUUAUGGGUUGUGUUUCAAAACCCUCCUUAGCAAUUGUCACGCAAUGGUGCGAAGGUUCUAGCCUGUAUAAACAUAUACAUGUAAAUGAAACCAAGUUUAAACUUAAUACACUGAUCGACAUUGGUCGGCAAGUGGCACAGGGUAUGGAUUAUCUGCACGCAAAAAAUAUUAUUCACAGAGAUCUUAAGUCUAAUAAUAUAUUUUUGCACGAAGAUUUGUCUGUAAAAAUAGGUGAUUUCGGUCUGGCAACUGCGAAGACACGUUGGUCUGGCGAAAAACAAGCCAAUCAACCAACUGGAAGCAUAUUGUGGAUGGCACCAGAAGUUGUACGCAUGCUGGAACAGAAUCCUUAUUCCUUCCAAUCAGACGUUUAUGCAUUUGGUAUAGUUAUUUAUGAGCUAUUAGCCGAAUGUUUGCCAUAUAGCCACAUCAAUAAUAAAGAUCAAAUAUUAUAUAUGGUCGGUCGUGGCCUAUUGCGACCCGAUAUGUCUAAAGUGCGCUCAGAUGCACCACAAGCUUUGAAGCGUUUGGCUGAAGAUUGCAUAAAAUUUGAUCGCAACGAUCGUCCACUAUUUCGGCCAUUAUUGAAUAUGUUGGAAAAUAUGUUAAGAGCAAUGCCGAAAAUUCAUCGCAGUGCUAGUGAACCAAAUAUGACACAAACACAGUUACAUAGUGAAGAUUUCUAUCAAUGUCCCAGCCCGAAAACACCCGUUAACUUCAGUAAUUUCCAGUUCUAUAACAGUGCGGGCAAUAUCUAGCGAUGCUGAUCCGAUGCUACAAUUGUGAUAAACCGAAUGAGAAGAAAUCGGCAUCACUAGCGAAAAAGCGAAAACUUUCUUUUAGUAUAGAAAGUAAUGGAAGACGUCGGCAAAUGGAUACUUAAAACAUGAUUUUAACUUUGAUCACUAUGUUGUGAACAUACAUACGUCACUCAGUACUUUAUGCGUGAUCUGUUAAUAACUAUGAAUAGGCUGGACACCAGCUGUAUUGUAUGACGGAAUAUAUACAUAUAAUUGUCUGUUUUUUUUUCCUUUGGCUUAGCCUUAUAAAUUAUGGAAACUCAUAAAUGGAAUGUCUUCAACUUUGUGUGACACUAUAUCUUAAUUUAAAAUUUUAAGUAGAAUAAUUACAUAUGUAUAUGAGCGAAAACUUUUGUCAGCAUUGAGAUUGUAACUACAAACUAAUUAUUAAUUAAAAUAUAAACAUAAUAUUAUAUCG